AUGCCUCCCGCGCAAAACCUCAAGCACCGGGUCUUCACGUGCCUGACGAAGCUCUCCGACCGCGACACUCACUCUCUCGCAGCUUCGGAGCUCGAGUCCAUCGCCCGGACCCUCGAACUGAGCUCCGUACCCGUUUUCCUUACCUGCAUCCAAUCCACCGACGCCUCCGACAAGUCUCCGGUUCGCAAGCAAUGCGUCCACCUCAUCACCGUCCUCUCCGAAUCUCACGGUGAUUCUCUGUCGCCGCAUCUCUCCAAAAUGCUCAACAACAUCACGAAGCGGCUCCGCGACCCGGACUCCGCCGUCCGAUCCGCCUGCCAAAACGCCGUCGCUUCGCUCUCCUGCCACGUCACCAAGCCUCCGUUCAGCUCGUUUUUGAAGCCCUUAACUGACGCGCUGUUCACGGAGCAGGACCCGAACUCGCAGAUCGGGUCGGCACUCUGCCUGGCCUCAGGCAUUGACGCCGCGCCCGACCCGGAGCCGGCGAAGCUGGCGAGGCUGUUGCCGAGGCUUGAGAGGCUGAUAAAGUACGACGGGUUUAAGGCGAAACCGGCGGUGCUGACGCUAAUCGGAUCGGUGAUCGGGUCGGGCGGGGCGUCGGGUCAGGGAGCUUUGAAGAGUUUGGUUCCUUGCCUUGUGGGGUUCUUGAGCAGCGAGGACUGGGCAGCAAGGAAGGCCGCGGCGGAAGCGCUGGCCAAGUUGGCGGUUGUGGAGAGAGACACGCUGUCUGAGUUCAAAGCUGGGUCUUUGAGAACGUUCGAGAAUCGGAAAUUCGAUAAGGUGAAAGGUGUUAGGGAGGUUAUGAAUCAGAUGGUGGAGGUCUGGAAGCAGAUUCCUGAUCUCUCUGAUGAGGCUUCGCCGCCGCCUCCUUCGAAUGCUUCUUCCAAAGAGAAUGCAAGUGAUGGAUACCACCCGGCUGUGUCCAGAAACUGCGAUGCUCCUGGUUCUGAAGCUCCUAAAUUGAAGAAGAAACCUAUCCCGGCUCGCAGAUCAACUCCACCUGAUAGUUCUUAUGCUACCACUGCUAGGAAGAGAAGCCCUUUGAAGAGCAAUGACAAGAAAAAGAAUCCAGGAAUGUUUCGAAAGACAGACCAUAAGAAGCCUUCAGAUUGGGACGUUGAGGUUGCUGCUCUUAGUGCUCCUUCAUCGGCUGGGGCUUUUGAUGAUGGUUUUAAGGAGAGGGAUGAGGAAAGAAGGAUCAAUGGCAACACUAGAUUUUCGAAGCCAGAAACAAAACGGGCCUUAUUCCAUAAGAGUUCUGAUAGCAAAGUGCACAAAUUUGGGGGUUCAAGGUCAGGAUCUCGUGUGGCUCCCUGUCAAGAGGAUACCCCAGAUUCUACAGUUAUAGUCAGUAAUGUUACUGAGGAUAUCCAUAAGAAUCACAGAGAAUGUGAGGAUUUAUCCCUGAUCCGCAGUCAACUUGUUCAGAUUGAAAAGCAGCAAUCCAGUUUACUUGAUCUCGUGCAGAGAUUCAUGGGUAGUUCGCAAAAUGGAAUGCGCUCUUUGGAGACACGUGUGCAUGGGCUAGAGCUAGCACUGGAUGAGAUCUCAUAUGAUUUGGCUUUGUCAAGUGGAAGGAUGACCAAAAUUGACUCACGGAGCAGAACAUGUUGCCUUCUACCUGGUCGUGAUUUUUGGAGCUCCAAGUUCUGGAGGAAAACAGAAAGCAGGUACUCAUCCUCAAGGUUUCCUAAUUCCAAGGGCAUUGCACCAGCAGCAGCCAUGCGCUACAGAUCUGAUGACAAUGGCAAUGCUGAAACAUUGAUGUUGGAGAACCUUAGGUCUCGGCUCCGAGAUCAGAGUGGGUUCAUUGUAAAUCCGUUGGCAGAGAUUCAGAGUGGCUCGAGGGGUAUAUCAGCCAGUUGA